AUGCGGAAGACCAAUCAAAGAGGGGAAAGGCGGGAUUAUGCAGAUAUAGACGCGAAAAGGGUGGGCCAGAGGAAGGAAGGGGCGUGGCUGGGUGAGCUGAGUUUACAAACAGCGAGUCAGGUGGCCGGGUCGCUGAUGCUCCGCGUGCGGGGGCCUCUGCGCCUGCCGCUCCCAAAGCCUGGGGACGGGCGGAACCCGGAGUCACCCUUCAAAAAACUGCCUUCCUCAGCAGCAUGCAGGGCUUCUCACCGUCCACCCUCCGUGCCAUACCUUUCACCACUCACCAAAAUCCGGCGCCAGUUUACCCUCCUGACCGUUCCCUCCUUUGUUUAA